AUGGCGGAAGUGGCGGCGCCGCCGCCGUUCGACGCGUCGGCCUACGUGCUGUUCGAGGCGAUCGGCGAUUCCGAGGCGGACCAAUUCGACGGAGACCCAGUCGCGGCGGAUGACGACGCGGAGUCGUGCAGCCGCGGAUCCGCGCCCGGCGGCGCUAGGGAGGAGGUCGCCGGAGGAGAGGAUGAGGAGAAUCUGCGCGAUCGGGUUGAGGAGGAGGAGGACGGCGGUGGGAGCGAUUUGGAGGACGGCGUCGUGGAUCAAUGCCGCGUCGGAGGGAGGGGAUCUACGCCGGCAGCGGCGGAGAUGAGGAUGAUGAGCGAGAGGGAAGGGGAUAGGUUGUUCUGGGAGGCGUGUUUGGCAUCUCGUGAUUGA